AAAUGUGGGACGGGUUACCAACUGUCGGAUUUUGGAGCUGGGUCAACUGGAACUUCGGUUUAUCAGUUUUUCUUAAAUCCUAGGCAUUUAUUUUCUAAGAAGCCUGAAGGAAAUCGUAAGGCUUCAGCCACCAUUCUCUGUUCUUUCGCACAUUCCUUCCCAGGAACUCACAAGAAUACCUGAUUUUGGGCGCUAGUUCAUCCUAGAGUAGGGAGAGGGGACUACAUUUCCCAGGACGCACCGCGAAUAAACGCUGGAACUCUAUUUCCCAGAGUUCCUUGGGCUUCAAUUCUGCCAGAAAUCUUCCUUCGGGGGUUGGAGACAUCGGGGCCAAGAUGGCGACGGGAACGGGCAAACAUAAGCUGUUGAGUACUGGCCCUACAGAGCCAUGGUCCAUCCGAGAGAAGCUGUGUUUAGCGUCUUCUGUCAUGAGGAGUGGAGAUCAAAAUUGGGUAUCAGUUAGCAGAGCAAUCAAGCCCUUUGCAGAACCUGGCCGCCCUCCAGACUGGUUCUCUCAAAAACAUUGUGCUUCCCAGUACUCAGAGCUUCUAGAGACCACUGAGACUCCAAAACGGAAACGGGGUGAAAAGGGAGAAGUGGUAGAAACUGUUGAAGAUGUCAUUGUUCGGAAACUGACUGCUGAGCGAGUUGAGGAACUAAAGAAAGUGAUAAAAGAAACCCAGGAAAAAUAUAGACGACUGAAAAGAGAUGCAGAGCUAAUUCAAGCUGGGCACAUGGACAGCAGGCUGGAUGAACUUUGCAAUGACAUUGCGAUGAAAAAGAAAUUGGAGGAAGAGGAGGCUGAAGUAAAGAGGAAGGCUACAGAUGCGGCAUAUCAGGCCCGUCAAGCAGUAAAAACACCCCCUCGGAGGUUACCUACUGUGAUGGUCCGCUCUCCUAUAGAUUCUGCCUCCCCUGGAGGUGAUUAUCCACUUGCGGACUUGACUGCAACCACUAUGGAAGAGGCCACCUCUGGGGUAACCCCUGGGACUUUGCCGAGUACCCCAGUCACCUCGUUUCCUGGAAUUCCUGACACCCUUCCUCCAGGCUCUGCACCCUUAGAAGCCCCCAUGACCCCAGUAACAGAUGAUUCACCCCAGAAAAAGAUGCUUGGACAGAAAGCAACUCCACCCCCUUCCCCUCUGCUGUCAGAGCUCUUGAAGAAGGGCAGCCUCCUGCCUACUAGCCCCAGACUGGUCAAUGAGAGUGAAAUGGCUGUGGCUUCUGGCCACCUGAACAGUACAGGUGUCCUCCUGGAGGUAGGCGGGGUCCUUCCCAUGAUACAUGGUGGGGAGAUGCAGCAAACACCCAGCACUGUUGCAGCCUCCCCUGCUGCCUCAGGUACUCCCACUCUUUCCCGGCUUUUAGAAGCUGGUCCUACACAGUUCACCACACCUCUUGCUUCCUUCACUACUGUUGCCAGUGAACCUCCAGUUAAACUUGUGGCACCCCCUGUAGAAUCUGUAUCCCAGGCUACCAUUGUCAUGAUGCCUGCGCUGCCAGCACCAUCCUCUGCUCCGGCUGUCUCCACUCCUGAGAGUGUAGCUCCAGUGAGUCAGCCUGACACCUGUGUUCCCAUGGAGGCUGUGGGGGAUCCACACACCGUGACUGUUUCCAUGGAUAGCAGUGAAAUCUCCAUGAUCAUCAAUUCUAUCAAAGAAGAGUGUUUCCGAUCAGGGGUAGCAGAGGCCCCUGGAGGAUCAAAGGCUCCCAGCAUUGAUGGGAAGGAAGAUUUAGAUCUGGCUGAGAAGAUGGAUAUUGCGGUGUCUUACACAGGUGAAGAGCUGGAUUUUGAGACUGUUGGGGACAUCAUUGCCAUCAUUGAGGACAAGGUAGAUGAUCAUCCCGAAGUGCUGGAUGUGGCAGCAGUGGAAGCAGCACUGUCAUUCUGUGAAGAGAAUGAUGAUCCCCAGUCACUGCCUGGCCCCUGGGAGCACUCUAUCCAGCAGGAACGGGAUAAGCCAGUACCUCUCCCUGCACCAGAGAUGACAGUCAAGCAAGAGAGGCUGGACUUUGAAGACACAGAAAGCAAAGGAAUCCAUGAACUGGUGGACAUCAGGGAGCCCAGUGUUGAAAUCAAAAUGGAACCUGCAGAACCAGAGCAAGGCAUUUCAGGGGCUGAAAUCGUAUCUGGAGUUGUUCCAACCACAAAUAUGGAGCCACCAGAACUCAGGAGUCAGGACUUAGACGAGGAACCCAGAAGUAUAGCAACGGGAGAAAUUACUGAAGCAGAUGUUUCCAGUAGGAAAGGUGAUGAGAUUCCACUUACAGCAGUGAAGACAGAGGCAUCCCCUGAAAGCAUGUUGUCUCCAUCACAUGUUGUCUCAAAUCCCAUUGAAGAUCCGUUAGAGGCAGAGACUCAGCACAAGUUUGAAAUGUCAGACUCAUUGAAAGAAGAAUCAGGGACUAUUUUUGGAAGCCAGAUAAAGGAUGCCCCAGGUGAGGAUGAGGAGGAGGAUGGAGUCAGUGAAGCGGCAAGCCUAGAGGAGCCUAAGGAAGAAGAUCAAGGAGAAGGCUAUUUGUCAGAAAUGGAUAACGAACCCCCUGUGAGUGAGAGUGACGAUGGCUUUAGCAUUCACAAUGCUACACUGCAGUCCCACACACUGGCAGACUCCAUCCCCAGCAGCCCUGCUUCUUCACAGUUCUCUGUCUGUAGUGAGGAUCAGGAAGCUAUUCAGGCACAGAAAAUCUGGAAGAAAGCCAUCAUGCUUGUAUGGAGAGCUGCAGCUAAUCAUAGGUAUGCCAAUGUCUUCCUGCAGCCUGUUACAGAUGACAUAGCACCUGGCUACCACAGCAUUGUACAGAGGCCUAUGGAUUUGUCAACUAUUAAGAAAAACAUUGAAAACGGACUGAUCCGCAGCACAGCUGAAUUUCAGCGUGAUAUUAUGCUGAUGUUCCAGAAUGCUGUGAUGUAUAAUAGCUCAGACCACGAUGUCUAUCAUAUGGCAGUAGAAAUGCAGCGAGAUGUUUUGGAGCAGAUCCAGCAAUUCCUGGCCACACAGUUGAUUAUGCAAACCUCUGAGUCUGGGAUCAGUGCUAAAAGUCUUCGAGGCAGAGAUUCUACCCGCAAACAGGAUGCUUCAGAGAAGGACAGUGUCCCCAUGGGCUCUCCUGCCUUCCUUCUCUCUCUCUUUGAUGGGGGAACCAGGGGGCGCCGCUGUGCCAUUGAAGCAGAUAUGAAGAUGAAAAAGUGAAGCCUCAGAGUAUCUGCACUGAGCUGAACCUGAAACAGAAGUAAAGAUAACGCUUGGGCUUGUGGCCCAGUUUCAGAAGUUGAAGUUACAGAAGAGGAGGUGCCUGGGCCACAUGAUAUAAGCUGGGAAAGUCUCUCUCAGAGAGUUGGAGUAGCACAAUUGCCUGUUUUAGGGCAAAAAUCAUGGGCUGUGUUAAUGUCCUGAUGUUUUGCUAGCAGAUUGUAGCUAGUUUGUACUGUCUUGUGAAGUGUACAGACUUUAAAAGCAAAAACCUGUGAAAUGUGUAUGUACACAAUAAACUCUGAAAGAUAAGAAAA